AUGAACGGCUCGCAGCAACCCACGGCCGCCAUGCCGCUUCCCCCAGAUGAUGCUGGUUCGCAGUCGCAGCGAGGCAGUGGAGGCUCUCGCUCUGGCUCUAGCAGGUCGCGCCAGAAUCCGCAGCAGCAGCUCUCCACCAUCGAAAAGUCCGUCACCCAUCUUUUGGUCGCUACGAAACAACUGUUGGAGACCCUCACCAUGUGGUCAACGGGUCGCGCUACUGAAGGCGAGGUCUCUGAUGUCUACGUGCGGUUGGGUUAUGAGUUCAACAUAGCGUGUCGAGCCUUCGGUGCCAUCGGCGUAGACACCUCUGAUCUGGGUCCCGUACCUGACAUGCUUCGGACGAUCUUGGAGGAGACCUUGAGCCAGGAUGCAAGUCAGCAGAGCUUGGAGAAGUACUUGCCGAGGAUAAGAGAUAUCAUCAUAAACUUGCUCCAUGGCCUGAAAAAGAAACAGCAAAGACUACGGCAGAGGAGUGGUAAAGAGGGAGGGGGUGAGUCCAGUCGGCCUCCUCGACAAGCGUCAACGGCAAGCAAUAUGAGUGUUGCCACGAACUUGACCGAGCAGCUGGAGGACAUCCCAUCAAGACACAGCAGUAGCAGGUCAUUCAUGCAGAGACAAGGGAGUGGAGACCUUUCUGGACCCGAGCUUCCACCCAGAACAACGAGCGUGGUAGGGGGAAGGAACUCACCGAAAAGGCACGGCCUGAGUCCUCAAAACAGUGUCAGCGUGCAUACCAGCCGUCAAGACGUCUUGAGCGGUGAUUCGAGCUCUUCGAUGUCAAGCGCAACGAUGCAAAACAUUCCGGUAAUCGCUCCAUAUCCAGAAGGCGACACCAUGCCAAUGAAUCAGGGCUUUGAAAAGGACGAAUCGUCGCCAGAACCACCGAAACCGCCUCCAAAGGCCAAUGAUGCGUUGACAGCAUUACAAAGAGGAGGUGAGCUAGAACGAAGGGCAUCAAGACGUUUCUCGGCAUAUCAAAUCCAAAAGCACUUGGGCACAUCGAUAAACGGGAUACCUGCGAUACCACCUGCUCAAAACUCGCCCAUACCGAAUAGAGGUCGGGAUGUGCGUGAGUCUAUGAACGCGGUGAGGUCGCGAGGGAGUUUGCUGCAUAGCCGAGCACGAUCACGGACAAACAGGACUGCAUAUGACGCUUCCCCGAAUCGAGAUCACGACGUCCGACGUAUAUCUGAAGAAACAGCCUCUCAACCGGAAGAUGUGCAGCCGCCAGCGAAGCCUUUUGCUGCUGAUUCUGGAGCGGACAGCCCGAUCGUCAAGACGCCUGAAGACAAACUUGCGAAUCCCUUUUCACUGCAGGCAGAGGAAAGCAUUGGAGCCACACUAAACGGGCCGAUCGAGGAGCCUUUUACCCCCGGUGGCUCAUUUGCAGCACCUGAGGAGACCCCCUCAGUCAAGCCCUCGCGAACCAGGACCGUGCGUGAAGCAAGAGAGUACACACCCCCUGCUUCACAAUAUGUUCCUGAAAGUCCACCGCAAGCUGGAAAGGAACUCACGCUUUUCCUGCAAUACAAGAGCAAGAUCAAAAAGUUUGUUCUCUCAGAUGGGGGAGAUCUAAGCCUUGCGAGAUUGCAGCUGGCUUUUAUCGAAAAGUUCGCCUGGAACACGCAGAACAACGGUGUCGACUUGCCCGAAAUCUACAUUCAGGAUCCAGUCUCGGGCGUCAGGCACGAGCUUGAAGAUCUGAGCGACAUUAAAGAGCGAUCUGUUCUUGUCCUCAAUGUUGAGGCUCUCGACGAAGUCAAACGUCAUUUCGAUGACGGUAUUGGUAGUCUGAGACGGAUUGUUGAAGGCAUUCGAUCAAGUGUUGACGAUCAGCAUUCAGCAAUUCAGAGGGUUUCCGACAGACAGCAGGAGACGGCAAAGGAACUUGCAAGCUUGGCAGUGGCACCUCCAUCUGCGCCGGUAUCCACUGUACCAUCGUCUGGCGUUUCACCAAAGAAUCUGUCGACCAACCUCAAGGAUGUCCAAUCUUUGCGACGCGACCUGGCUGUGGUGCGACAAACCUACACUUCGUUCGUCUCUGACAUGCAAGCAUCGAUGUCAACCAUCCGAACCAAGGCUUCCAACGUCAAAAAAGCUGCAGCAGAUUCUACGAUCCCAGACAUGGACGAAAGCACAGGGAGAUCAUAUGUCAACAAAGGCAAGAAGUCGCUGUCAGAUGAUAGCGAGGCUAUUGUCAAUCGUGUCGAUGAUCUGCAGGAUGUGGUGGAGGAUCUCCGCAAGGAUGUUGUCACUCGUGGCGUGCGUCCACUGGCUCGACAGCUCGAAGAUGUCAGCAAGAACAUCAGCAUCGCAACAUCGGAUCUCAAGAAGCUGCAAGAAUUCCUCAAACGAGAGAAGCCCGUCUGGACAAAGAUUUGGGAGAAGGAGCUGCAGGUUGUCUGCGAUGAUCGUGACUUGCUAACGAUGCAGGAAGAGCUCGCCGCGGAUCUUGAAGACGAUCUUGACAAAGCUGCCCAGACUUUCGCCCUUGUCGAACAAGCCACCAAAGCGCAAAAUGUGCAGAACACGAACGGCACUGCAUCUGGCUCGAGGUCGUCAUCCAAAACUUUCCACCCUCUGUCCGUGAGUCAGGGCGCAGACACCACCGAAGUCAAGAAUAGUGUUCUUGGCGAAGUUAGGGCUCUGCAGCCGAAUCACGAAUCUCGUCUCGAAGCCAUCGAACGGGCGGAGAAAGCACGACAAAGAGAGUUGGAGAAUAGACGAGGUGGUGAAUUCCAGCGCGAACUUGGAAACUUUGUUGAAGAAGGUAAGCUGAAGAAGUCUGGCGGUGUUGAAGAGGUCGAGAGGGUGCGGAAGCAGCGAGAGGAGAAGACAAGAAGAGAAGUCUGGGAGAGGCAGCAGGCUCGAGCGAAAGAACUCGCAGAAAAAGAAGCCGCGGCGGCAGCAGCCCAAGCAGCAGGCAACGAAGCAGGAGGAGACGACGCCCAGCAAGCCGACAACGCGGCCCAGGACAACGGCGAGCAAUCUCUCCACGUCCCCUCCCUCCCAUCCAGCGAGCGCAACAGCCCAGAACCCGGCUUCGUCGACGCCAAAGAAGAAGUCGGCACGCCUUCGACGGAACAGCAGCCUUUAUAG